GGGAAUUUUCUAAAUGAAACAUCGAGCAAGCCAUACAAACCAUACAAACCAUACAAACCAUACAUCGAGAUACGAUGCAAGAUGCCUAUGUGAUGUCAUUGUGGUAAAGUACCCCGGAUUUUCAGUUUGCGAACUUGUUUUCGGUUAUGUCCAAGUUGGCCUGGGUUGCAUCAGAGUAAAGUGAAAUCUUUCAUAAGUACAUUGAACUUUCCAUUAUCAAACAGCAAAUCUAUCACCAUAUCUCAACCACAUUUUGCUCAAACAAAAGACAUCUUCUCUUUUUCACCAACACCAUCUGAAAUAUCAUAUCCAGACAUUGUGGCAGUCCAGUCCCGACCUAUAUCGUCAAGAUCUUCAACUUCUACAACUUUCACUAGAAAACCACGCAAGAUGUCUGACGGGUAAGUUCCCAUAUCAAAUGUUUGAUUUCGCAACAUACUAACUAGUUCGAAGAGAAAAGCAAAACAACACCAUGGAGGCCGACUACGAGUACGAGUCUGAAGAAGAGCAAGAGCCAGAGCCCCAGAAGCAACCACAACAAGGCACACGGACGAUGCAAAGAGCGCCACGUCAACAAGACCAACAAGUUCAACAACAACCACAGCAGCAGCAGCAAAUGCAGCAGCAACCUCAGCAGAACCAACAAAUGGUUCCUAUGGACCAACGCGUAUCAGGUAACAUGGGCGGACGAACCGGUGCGAUCAGAGAGUCGAGGAUUAAGGAUCGACCAGCGCCAAAGGAGGAGAGGGACAGCAGUUUGAAGAUCAAGAUUGAGUUGGAUCUGGAAGUCGAGGUAGAUCUCUACGCCCGUGUGAAGGGUGAUGUUACUAUUGGAUUAAUGUAGUAAUAUAAUCUUGUGUAGGUCGAUCUAUACGCUCGAGUAAAGGGAGACGUCACCAUCGGAUUACUGUGAGAAGUGAGUGUGGUCCAUUGUUGGAACAAGCCAUAGUAAUACGGGGUAGACGAAAUUGAUCGCCAUGACAUUGGAAUGGCCCUCACAACUUUUUGGCUUCUGUACUUUAGCGAUUUCGGAGUUUGCUUUGGGAUGUUAUGGGCGUGCUUUGGGAUUGAAGUUUUAUAAUCAUGCCUCGCUGUAGAACUGAAAAGUGGCAAGGCCGUAUUGUUCUCGGUUUCCAAGGUCAAAUCACUUAUGUUCAGCCCAGAAAAAUAAGAAAAGUAGAGCAACUACAAUAAAAUAUAAUCGAGCAAUUUGAAA